CGGGCCCCUGAAACAGGCUUCCCGUGGGCCCGCCGGCGUCUGGCGCUGCUCAGGGGGACGGGGGCGGAAGGUCUGUAAGCCGCCGCCGCCGCCGCAUCUGAAGAAGCGGGUGUUUUUUUACCCGCGCGUGGCUGCGCCUGCGAGACAGAGCGCGUGGAAGCAGCGCCGGGCGCCCGGGCUCACGCCGCGUCCCCCUGGCCAGGCCCCGGCUCUGAGCGGCCUCCAGAAGCGCCCCACGCUGCCUGCUCCAGCCACUCUGGUCAUCACCUUGAACUCCUCUGCCCUGCCCUCAGGUGACCAGUCGUCACACCCGCCCUUUACAUUCUCUGGGGAUUUUGAAAGUCCCCUUCCUGUCUGCUCAGCCAGGUGUGGGGUGCUCUCAGCGACUCUUUCCGAGGAAGCAUGCCUCCCCCCGCCAGGCAAUCCCCGGUAUGGAACAAUGGCGAGGUGCUGGACCUCAUCAGGGUUUGGGGGGAAGAAAGCUGUCCAGUCCCAGCUGUGCUCCAGCUGUAGGAAUUAUGAUAUCAAGGGACAUGAUGGAAAAGGGCCAUGACCAGGACACGCUGCAGUGCAGGAUUAAAGUGAAGGAGCUGUGGAAUGCCUACUGCAAAGCCUGCAAGGCAAACAGCUGCUCAAGUGCUGCCCCCUUGACCUGCUGUUUCUACAAAGAGCUGGAUGCAAUACUUGAGGGUGACCCCACUUCCCCUCCAAGUACCACCAUGGACGCUUCAGAGCCCAGGUCAACAAGGCAGGAGGAGGAGGGAGACACCUUGACAUCCCUAGCUGCAUGCAGCCAAGAGCUGCUCUCAAGCCAGGAGGAAGGUAGCCAGUUGCAGCGGCUGGUGCUUGGGGAAGGACAAACACCCCAUGCAACCUUGAGAUCUCAGCUGUCUGUGUUAUCGCUGGCCGAAAGACUCCAAAGAAUUAAGAAGAGGCCACGUAGAAGCAAAGAGGACAUGUUGCCUGAAGUAAUGCAGCAGUCCCUUAAUGAAAAAUCAAAAAGCACAGGAGUGGCAGGAGAGGGAAAGGAGGGUCCACCAGCAGAAUGCGGAUCACUGGCACCAAAGCAUGGAGCAGCUGCCAAGCAUUAUGGAGCACGAAGCGGACGUGAUACAGAGGUCUCUGAUGACCACGGAGGAGCGGAGCCCCUUGAUGCUGGAGAGCGGUGCCAACUGGGAGACCGGAGUGGCUCCCCCACAUGGGUCGCCAGUGCUGCAGGCCGAUGCGACGGAGACUGUGGUCUUAUGGCAGACAUCACCACCGGUUUGCCCACAGAAUAUAUGGUGCCCGGAACCGGUGCCGGCGACCUCACCUGCCUAGGAGGUGAAGGUGGUGCCGUAAGCGCCAAAAGGUUUGCUGCUGCCUCAAACGCCUCUGGCAUGAAGGGAGCUAUAACGCCUUGCGGCAGUAGGCCGGUGAGUGGUGCGGCCCGGACUCAACUGGACUCGUCCCAGGGCAGGAAUUAACGGAGU